AUGGCUACAAUGGUAGGGGCUGAUCUGCCUCAAAAGAGGUAUAUUGAAUGGCAAGAUUUUGUUGUCACACAAACUGACUUAAGUAUGAGUAGAGUAAUCGUGGUCGAUCAGGGUGGAGCCGGAGAUUCAACGACCAUCCAAGGCGCUCUUGAUCUCAUUCCCGAUAGUUACCAAGCCAGAAUCAAAAUCAUCAUCCAUCCCGGAAUUUACAAUGAGAUAAUAACUGUACCACAAAGCAAGUCACAUAUAUCAUUCAUAGGAAUACCAGGAGCAACAGAUGGUUACUAUCCUUUGAUCACUAGUUCUCGUAAGGCAUCUGAUAAAGAUGCUAAUGGCAACGAAAUUGGAAGUGUUAAUACUGCAACUCUUACGGUUGAAGCUGAUUAUUUUGUUGCCACUGCUAUUACUAUUCAGAAUAAUGCGGUUCCAACGGGAUAUGCAGAUCAAGCAGUAGCAGUGAAAAUAGAUGGUGAUAAAGCCAUGUUCUAUAGGGUGACCUUCUUAGGAAAUCAGGACACACUUUUGGAUAACCAUGGAACUCAUUUCUUUUAUCACUGUUAUAUUCAAGGAACUGUUGAUUUCAUCUGGGGCUCUGCUACCUCAUUAUAUGAGGGAUGUACAAUAAACUCAGUGAGGUCAGGAUCAAUAGCAGCUCAUGGAAGGAAGGAAGAAGAUAAUAGUGGGUUCAUCUUUGAAGGGUGCAAGAUUGAAGGGAAUGGACCCACUCUUCUUGGAAGGACUUUGGGGUCAUAUGCCAGAAUAAUAUUCUCUUUUUGCACUAUAGACAAUAUUAUUACUCCUCAGGGUUGGUCCAACAUGGAUGGUAUACCCAUACGAAGUACUGCUAUGCUGGGAGAAUAUAUGAAUGAGGGACCUGGAGCAAAUAGGGUAGGAAGGCAUCCUGCAUCUCAAGCUUUAUCUAAUGCUCAAGUAAUGAGAUUUGUGGGAAGAAGUUUUAUUGAUGGAUCUAAUUGGCUUCGAAUAUAA